GUGGCGCCACGAUUUCAAAGCGGCGCAACCGCGCCCGGAGAACAACGUUGAGAUGCAGCGUAUUCCGCGCAUUCGUGCUGGCACUGCGCAGCGUGGUGCAAGGACACAAUAUCUCAGCCAAGUGAGGUUAUCCUAGAGCAGCCGCGUGAAAUCAAGAAACCGAUGCUAGCACGUGUCAAGCUAUGCGCAGGUGGAAAAUGAUGCCCCUGUGUUUGCACGGGCCACUGCGCUCAGUGCACUCGUGCCCGCCCCGCUGACUGCAGUACCAGAGAAAAGUAAAAACCGAAAGCGCACAAGUGCGAAUUUCGUUGACUCCGUCACUCCUCUCACGCUCCCCCUGCCAACAGGAGGGAAACAGGGAAAGAAGGGGAACCCUGUCGGAGAGCACGUCACCGUCCGAAUAUUAGGCGGGCAUCCUUGCCUGGCUGACGACUGCUUGAAUAUGGGAAAUCCCUACAAGUUCUGGGUGCGGACAGGGGGACGACCCGCUCAGCCUUGCAUGUGCAGCAGCGUGCAUGUCCAAGAGAUAUGCUUCCCAAUAAACGAUUCGGAAAUUGCCUAAGAAACGAACGGGAGGAUGGCGACGGCGGUCACAAUCGCUUUCCGACAAUCUGGGCAGAUAACCCAGGCGCGAAACUCGUGGUCGCAAAGUCUCGAUCUCGCAAGCCCAGGCAAAAGGUCCAACGACGCCCGCGGCGCGCUGAAGUCUCUAGACUGAGACCAGCCCCUGCAAUUCCACAACUGCUCGCCAUCACCUCUCGACCAACCACGCCAGUCGAUCCGUAGACUUGGUCGGCCGCAGGGACGAGUGUCUCACACGCGGCCGAACCACCGUGCCGACGGACCCGACGGCGUGCUGCUUCACAAUCGGACAGUAUCAUUAAAAAACUGUCGCCAGGGCAAGUGCAUUCUCGGACUUCCCCUGCUGCGCCCCCUCAGCCCCAACAACCCAAGGCUGAACCAGCACAGAACGAGUGUCCGGGUGCAGCCGGGGCCUGACCAGCCCAAUGGCAGGUUAUGCUAAGAUGUCUCGUUCCACCAUCCCUUUACUCUGAGCACCUGACGGCGAAACAACUCCCUCAUGAUCCACCAGCGCGAACGGUUGCUGCACCGCGGCUUCUCCAUUAGGGCGUGAAGAAAGAUAUCGGCCAUGCACUACUGGCUCUCUUGCGCAGCUGGUCUCCUCGCUGCGCAUGCAUGACCGAGCCGUAAAUUUGAACGCGCGCCGCGGUGGCGAGGCCGGAACAACUGGCGCGGCCCCCGCGAUGACCUCAGAGAUCUUCUGCACGGAGAACUUGCCGAUCAGCUUCCGGCGCGCAACCACCACCACUGCCCCGAUCGCACCUCUCAAGGCCCGGGGCCUGCCCCAGCCUGCCCCGAGCGAAUCUGCACGAACGCUGCCAGGGCCGCGCGAGGCAGCCGGCUCCGCGAGCGCCCCCCUCGCGCGUUCCAGGCCGCCCAACUCUGCGCCGACAGGGGCGCGCGAAGCGCUCGACUCCGCGGACGGCCCCACCUCGCGCGGCAGGCCGCCCAGGUCCUCGGGACGCGGCGCGCGGGCCCUCACGACGCCAAUCUUGCGAGAGUACAUUGGCUCGUACAUUGGCUUGCGAGCGCACGCCGCUCCGAACGUCGGCGGCGCGUAGCGCGAAAGUUUAGCUCCGCACGGCGGCUCCACGCCACCCGCCAAUACCGGGUCUUGGAGCCAAGAUUAAUCGAACGCUGGCACCGCCAUCGAAAAAAACAAAGCCCGCGGGGGACAUUGCCGGAGCGGCGCGCGGAUGGGGCGACGAGACAAGUCAAACUGUUUGCUGGCGCAUUAAGUUUGCGCCAAAGGUGAUUGAGCCAGAACGG